CCCAGGUGCAAACAAAGAACGCCCCGCGUCGCUGUCCGCGGGGCAGGGCUAGCUUCGGCACCGCCCUUCGUGGGGCUGGGCCGGUUGCAGAGUGACGUCACGGGCCCCCGGAGAGGGCGGGGUGCGCGGGGCGCCGCCGCGGGCCGGAGCAUGGCAGGCGGCGUCGGUCGCGGGCAGCGGGAGCACGGGACGGCGGCGCGGACGCAGAACGAGCGGGGGGCACGGGGAAGACUCGCUCUGUGAUGGGCGGAGGACGCCGAGCCGACGCUCCCGGAAGCGAUCGCACGGGCAGGCGGUGUAGGCCGGGCCCGGGCGGCAGCGGUGGGGCCCCCGGCCGACACGACAGGAGGCGGCGCGGGAGGCUUGACCGUGACUGCGGGGCGCACGGAGGAGGCGGGGGUGCAGCCCCGCCGUGCCCCGCGACCGCAGAGCGAAGACAGUCCUAGUCCCAAGCGACAACGCCUUUCCCAUUCAGUCUUUGACUAUUCAGCAGCAUCACCAGCCCCAUCACCGCCAAUGCGACCAUGGGAGAUGACAUCAAAUAGGCAGCCUCCUUUGGCUCGACCCAACCAACACCACUUCUCAGGGGAACGAUGCAACACACCUGCACGAAACAGGAGGAGUCCUCCUGUUCGACGUCAGAGAACAAGGAGAGAUCGUUUGUCUAGACAUAAUUCCAUUAGCCAGGACGAAAACUAUCACCAUCUCUCCUAUGGACAGCAGCAAGCAAUAGAAGAGCCCCGAGCCUUUCACCCACCGAAUGUAUCUCCUCGUAUGUUGCACCCAGCUGCUCACCCACCACAGCAGAAUGCAGUGAUGGUUGACAUUCAUGAUCAGAUCCAUCAGGGCACAGUUCCUGUCUCAUACACAGUGACAACAGUGGCUCCACAUGGGAUACCACUUUGCACAGGCCAGCACAUCCCAGCCUGCAGCACGCAGCAGGUCCCAGGGUGCUCAGUGGUUUUCAGUGGGCAGCACCUUCCAGUAUGCAGUGUGCCUCCCCCAAUGCUUCAAGCGUGCUCAGUCCAGCACCUACCUGUACCAUAUGCAGCAUUUCCACCCCUCAUUUCUAGUGACCCAUUCCUUUUGCAUCCUCCUCAUCUCUCUCCACACCACCCUCCUCACUUGCCUCCUCCAGGACAAUUCGUUCCUUUCCAAGCACAGCAGUCACGGUCGCCACUUCAAAGGAUAGAAAAUGAAGUAGAACUGCUUGGAGAACAUCUUCCUGUAGGAGGUUUUACAUACCCUCCCUCAGCCCAUCCACCAACAUUGCCUCCCUCAGCUCCUCUACAGUUCUUAACCCAUGAUCCUUUACACCAGGAGGUGUCAUUUGGUGUACCUUACCCACCUUUUAUGCCUCGAAGACUCACAGGGCGCAGCAGAUACCGAUCACAGCAGCCAAUACCACCACACCCUUACCAUCCCAGCCUAUUACCUUAUGUGCUAUCAAUGCUCCCAGUGCCACCUACAGUUGGACCAGCUUUCAGCUUUGAGUUGGAUGUGGAAGAUGGAGAGGUAGAAAACUAUGAGGCACUGCUGAAUUUGGCAGAACGUCUGGGAGAGGCCAAACCACGAGGAUUGACAAAGGCAGACAUUGAACAGCUCCCAUCCUACAGGUUCAAUCCAAACAACCACCAGUCAGAACAGACAUUGUGUGUGGUGUGCAUGUGUGAUUUUGAGUCAAGGCAGCUACUUAGAGUCUUACCCUGUAACCAUGAGUUCCAUGCCAAGUGUGUCGAUAAAUGGCUGAAGGCAAAUCGUACCUGCCCAAUUUGUAGAGCUGAUGCUUCGGAAGUGCAUCGUGAUUCAGAAUGACCAACCUUAAGAGCACAAAUCUGGUUUGGGUGUUCCUGGUCACAUGUAUAUAUGAACUAUUUAUUGAACUUACCCAUGUGGCUUCCAGCCUACCCUUUACACGAAAGGGUCAAUGGACCUUACUUUGCACUGUGUGACUUAAUCAAUUACAAAGCUUAUAACUAGUCUUCACAGUUAUGGGAUUGUUAUACUAACAGUGUGAAUGGAACUCCAAAGAUAUUUUUUUUUUUUGCUUAAUUUUGUGUGUGCACUAACAUUCCCUGGUUUUUGUGUGAUCAUUCCGAGUGUUGCUGCAAGAUUACUGUGGAUGUGAUCUUUUAGCAUGUGCUUUUAUAUAAAAGAAAAAGGAGGGGAAAAAAAAGUGGUAGCUCCAAACAAUAUAGCAAUCUACCUUAUAUAGAGCCUUCAGAUACUGUGAGUGGGAAUGAAUGGUGUGAAUGUGUUUGCUUGUGAGAGGGUGUGUGAAGUGUGCUUGUGAGUGAGUGUGCAUGUGUGUUUGAGAACCUAUAUACCAGCAUGUACUGAGAACGUGUGUGUGUAGUAAUAAUUAUGCUGCAAUGUAUAAUCUUGUGUGUUAUUUAAACAGUACUAGUACUGUACACUGGUUCCUUUCCUUGUGUUUGCAGUUGCACACUGAAUGCAAUGGGUGCAGCAAUUACAGAUGUUUAGUAUUUCCUCCCCAAUGUACUAACAGGUAUAAAGACCUUUCUACCUACUAUUUAAGCAGCUGUUAUGCUUCCCCUUCAUUGGAGGCUUUAAAUGUGUACCACUAAAGAGUGCAUUGAUUGUUCAUACAUGAGUAACCUUGGGGUUUUUAGCAUAUGUUAUAAAGUCUCGGUUUUUAAAUGGCUGAUUUACAAGUUAUUUUAUUAAUGUAAAGUUGCAAUAUCGCACAAAUCAUUUAGCAAUAUUAACAUUUUCAGUUGCUAAUAUGAAUGUCAAUGCUUUCUGUUCUCCUUUUAAAUUUUUCUAGCUGGGUUUGCCAGUUACGUGCUUCUUCCAUGAAAGGAAGCAGGAAGGACACUGAGGGUCUUGUGCAACAUCUCUUCACUUUUGACCAUUGUACUUGCUUAAGAACAUAAUCUUUUAGCUGAUAAACACUGGCUUUAAUCACAUACAUUCUUUGUCAUUUACAAGGGAGUUUGUAUACAACUAAAAUAACUUGUAAAAUAUUACAAUUUUAUUCCUGCAACUUCAUGAAUAAAAUAAAAUUUUUAGCAUUUUCUCAGAGAAGUAGAACUUUUGAUUUCUUUAAUUGUAUCACAGGAGAAAGGUGGUUUUUGAUCACCAACUGUAGAAUUCAGUUGCCCUGAUGCUGCUUCUUGCCCUUUCUUAUUUCAUGAUGACUGUAAUAUGAAGAAGGAACUCCCUUGCUUUUUGCAAUCAAGCUCCCAGUGCGCUCCACUAAGGAGAAAACUGGAACGCCUUCCAGGACAGUGCUGUGAAAUCGGAGGUGAUAAACCGGUAUUCAAGUGCUCUGAAUAAUGUUUUAUUUGGGCUAUUGAAAAAAAAAAAAGUUUCAUUUAUAACAUUCAGACUGUUAGCAUCUUCGAUAUGUUCUAGCAAAAUAUCUAGGUCUACGUAUACCAUAGUUAUUCAAAGGAUGCACUUUUGCAACAAAAUUCUGCUCCUAAAUUCAGUGUCGUUACUUUGGUUGCAGCAGCACGAGUGGCACAAUUAGCAAUAUUGCUGCAACUUGCUGCCAGUCUCAGCUUUAAGUUUACUUUUUAUAAUUUCUGAUGCUUUUGUAUGCUGCUGUGCUUCAGUAUCAGUUAAAAUUUCAAACAGUGUUAGAUGUUCUCCAUGCUGAUUUCUCUCUUUGAAGAUUCUACAGACCAGUCACAGCUCUUGGUACAGAUAAAAUAAAAGCACAAUUUUGCCCUAUUUCAGAUGCUCUUCCCUCUGUUCAGUUACACAGGUAGCUCUCAAAAAGAGUGAGUCUUUCCAUACCUAUCCAUACUUAAGAUCACUAAAUAAAUAAAAAUGCUGUUACAUCAACAUCAGAAUAUUGGAAUUUUUCCUCUCUUCCAGUGGAGUUAAAGAAUAGGCUUUUCACAAUAACACCUAUUUUUUUAACAAAUAAAAUAAUGUUAUUUAAAAAGCAUAUGCCAUAUAUGUCUUAGAAAACUUAGGCUCUUUUAUAUAGCUGCAGAAGAAAAAAUUAUGUUUGUACAGAUUUAAACAUAACCAACACUACUGUGCUCAGUAUUCAGUUUGAAGCAUGGAAAGAGGCCACACUUUCUAAGCUAGAUGCAAAUGAACAAGGCACUCUUCUGAAGCCAAGGGAAAGUAGUCGACUGUCUUUCUGGAAUUGGAGAAAUCUUGAUGAGUAAUGUCCCUUUUUCCCCAGUAAAACUCUGUGAGGCAGUGGGAGGUCUAGGAGAUGGAGGGUCUAAGCUGUUUGUUGCACUGUUUUGGCUCAUCUCUUCUGGAAUGGUUCUUCCGUUUGCAUGGGACUCUUGCAGAUGUAUGUGGACUUGCUUCCUGUGGUUAGUGUGUGUAAACAGCACACAUGCGUGUGUUCUGAAUCAGCUCAGACAAGCUACAACCAAGUCCUUUCUGUUGUGGCUGUCAAGGGAGGGGGAUUCAUGUUCAGCUGUUAACUGCCAUGUGUUAUGCACAUUUGUGUAUAAUUCUGCAGCCUGCCAUGGUGCCUGGCAGCACCUGAAUUCAGCAAGACUUUUUUUAUAUUCCUUGCCUUUCUGCCAUCACCUGGCUCAUUCUUCUCAAAAAAAAAAAACAAAAACAAAAA